AUGUUCAAGCACUGGGGUUGGAGCCUGUGUCAUUCGGAACAAGUAAUUGAAGUUAUGGCACUUCGGGAAGCAAUUUGCUUAGCCACCGGAAUGCACUUAACAUCAUUUAUUUUUGAAGGAGAUACGAAGGGAAUUAUCGAAGCUAUGUCAAGGGGUGUCUCUACAAAUGCUGCUUGUGAUGUUGUCCUUCAUGAUUUCUGUCUUUUAAGUCAAGCUUUUAGUGUUUGUUCUUUUAGUUUAAUUAGGCGUAUUAGUAAUUGGGUGACUGAUUCGAUAGUCAAGCAAUCCCUCAGAGAUAAUUCGUUUCAUUGUAAUUCUCUAGCACAAAUGCAGUGGCUAGAGUCCAGACUCUUGUAG